AUGGAUCGCCUCUCGCAGGAUCAUGCUCUCGAAGUCGGUCUUCUUCAAGCUAGAUCGCCGAGCGUACUUGAAAAGCAAAUGGACAUCAUAGCACUGAGUCUUGAUAACCUCUUCUCUAGUCAUGUUGAUGACAAAGAGGGGGAGAAAGAUUUGGAUGCUGCUGUUGUCCCUACAACUGAAUCUGAAGCUGAGGUUGUUGAUGAUACCAUCACUACCCAUGAAGCUAAUGAAGCCAAGGUUGUUGAUGAUGCCAUCAGAGCUGAUGCUAAAUCUUAUGACGAAGACCUUCCUAUCACCCCUGCAGCUGAUGCUAGUGAUGAGGAAGAUGAAGAUGAAAAUGAUGACGAUGAAGAUGACUCUCCAUUCCUUUCUGACGCUGGAAAGGAUCUCGAUAGUGAUGAUGAUGAAAACGACGAUGAUGAAGACUUCACGAUUCAGUAG